AUGGGUAAACUUUGGUCAAUUUUGGGAAAGUUAGUUGGAAGUAAUAAUCCUCCGUUCAUAACUGCCAUUUAUUGUGGAUCCGAAGAUCUCACUGAUGUGGAUCUUUAUCUUGGAGACUUUGUUCUCGAAGUGCAUGAUUUGCAGCAAAAUGGUUAUGAGUGCAAUGGGCAGGUUCACAACGUGGGAUUGAGGCACUUCAUUCUUGAUGCUCCUGCUAGGUCCUUUGUCAAGUGCUGUAUUGGCCAUGGUGGCUACGGUGCAUGUGAGAAGUGCACUGUGGUGGGUGUUUAUGAGGAUGGCAGAUUUAACUACUCUCAUUUAGGUGCAGACUGCAGGCCUCGUACAGAUGAAUCUUAUGCAAAUCAGGAGGACCGCCCGCAUCACACCGGUAUCUCUCCUCUACAACUCCUUCGUAUCGGCCUUGUGAGCCUAUUUCGACUCGAUACUUUACAUCUUGUCUACAAGAGAGUUCUUUUGAGAUACCUUGAAGCGCUUGUCUCAUGGGAAGGGUACUGGAAUCCCAAUGCUGACACUGUGAAUGCAAUUUCAACAAGAAUGCUAGCCUUGAUUCCCAGCUGCCCUUGGGGCUUUAAAGUAGUUCGGCAGGUUCGUUGA